GGACUCCGGGAGCGCUCCCCGGGAGAGCGUGGGCCGCGAUGUGGCCGCGGCGGGGCCAGGACCGCGCCAUCGCGGCGGCUGAGGGGGGGCCGCGGCACAGGGCUCCCCCCGCGGGGUCUGUGGCACUGUUAGCGGUACCCAGAGCCGCACCAGGGAAGCUCUUUAUUGCCACCCGUUCCACCGGCCCCGUGCUGGUGCGGGAGGUCAGGGAACUGCAGCUGGGCUUGGAAAUUGGAGAAUGAAUUAGAACCGUACGGGCUAGCGCGCUGGUGCAUUUGAUUCCUGUAAGGUCUCACGGUGCGUCUCCUUCCUAGGAAAAAUGACUUCUGAAAGCAGCUCCUUCGUGAAGGGCAUGGUGCUUGGAGGAGCCUUCUGCAUGCUGGUUACACUGCUGGGACACAUCAAGGUGGGGCACGGGACCAAAGCGCGAGACCACGAGCACCAUCACAUCCAGGCUCCCGACAAAGAGGAUGUCUUAAACCUUUCUGAGGGUGAACGUAUGGAGCUUAGUAAAAGUAUCCGUGUUUACUGUAUCAUCCUUGUCAAACCGAAAGAUCUGGGGCACUGGGCUGCAGCGAAGGAGACCUGGAGCAAGCACUGCGACAAGGCAGAGUUCUACAGCUCUGAAAAUGUCAAAGUGUUCAAUUCUGUGGCCCUCAACACGAAGGACAUGUGGGUGAUGAUGAGAAAAGCUUACAAGAUGACGUAUGAACGCUACAAGGAUGAAUUCAGCUUUUUCCUUGCGUAUCCAACAACAUUUGCUAUUAUUGAAAAUCUCAAGUACUUCUUACUGAGAAAAGACCCCUCUCAGCCUUUUUACAUCGGCCACGCUGUGAAAUCUGGUGACCUCGAGUACGUGGAUGGCGAGGGAGGAAUCGUCCUAAGCAUCGAGUCACUGAGACGACUCUCCAGCGUUCUUGAAGACCCCAACAAGUGUCCAGAGCAGGGAGGUAUGAUUUGGAAACUCGCCGAGGACAAGCAGCUGGCGAUCUGCUUGAAGUACACGGGGGUGUUCGCCGAGAACGCGGAGGAUUCGGAAGGAAAGGACGUCUUCAACACCAAAUCCGUGGGCACCCUCAUCAAGGAGGCCAUGGCCACCCACCCGCAGCAGGUGGUGGACGGCUGCUGCUCUGACAUGGCCAUCACCUUCAGCGGGCUGAGCCCCAACCAGAUGCACGUGAUGAUGUAUGGGGUGUACAGGCUGAGGCCCUACGGACACACCUACAGCGAUGCCCUCGUGUUCUUGCCCCCGGAGGGCUCGGACAACGACUGAGGUGCCGCCAGGGGAGGGGUGCAGUCGGCUCAUCUCGUUGGUACUGACACGUGCUGGUACUGCUGUACAGGUUGUUUUUGCACACUGAGGGUUGGUAAAGCUCUUGAUUUCAAAAGUGGAAGGAGAAAUUUUUUUUUCUAACUCUUUUGUAUGGAAAAAAAGCUGCUGGCUUUUGAUAGAGAUGGAGUGAAAUGAUAAAAA